AUGAUCAAUAGUGAAAAGCCAGACCACGAAAAGGAACUAUUUGUACCUGUGGAAAAUCCAGGAAAGAAACGCAGAUUACAAGGCCCUAACGAGGGUAAUAUUGAUUCUCAACUAUUAAAUGAAAACAAUAACCAACAUCUCGACGCCAAGGAAAAUGGUGCUGAUGAUUACGAACAUAACCACAAUACAACAAACACCGCAUUAGCAAAUGCAGCUUACAAUGAAUUAUUAAAUCAUCACGAUGAUCACAACACCAUAAUGAAUUCCAAGAGAACAAACUCUGGGGAGCAUGAGGAAGAUUCAACUAACAUGAACAAUUUACUGGAGGUAAACCAGCAAAUAAUGGAGCAUGCUGAAGCAAUCAGAACUAUGCAGGAGGACAUUCAAAGACAUCAAUCGAUUGUCGACCAUGACUCUGAGUCAAAAAAGGAAAAAUCCGUACACAGCCCUACUGGCAGACAACAAAGAUUUGAGUCCUCUGCAAUGGUUGAAAAGGAAGUUGACGGCUCAGACGUUUAUUUGGAGUCAGACAAGGGAUUAGGUUGUAAGGGUCGUAAACCGAAUUCAGAUAUCUCUACAGAACAACGCAAGGAGUCGCACAAAGAAGUGGAAAGACGUCGUCGUCAGAACAUCAAUACUGCAAUUGAUACACUGGCUGCACUCUUACCAAUGAGAGAAUCAAGCAAGGCGGCCAUUUUGAUGCGAUCCGCUGAAUACAUUGAGAAUCUGAAGGAAACUGAAAAGACGAAUAUUGAAAAAUUUACUCUACAAAAACUUUUAGGAGAGCAAACGGCUGCUCGACUAACUAGUGAAAACGAAAAAUUGCAAGAAGAAUUGGGAAAUGCCUAUAAGGAAAUAGAAUCUUUAAAACGUAAACUGAAAGAGUACGAGUGA